AUUGAUGUUGUAAUAGCCGAAUAAAUUGGUCUAUAACUCUAAUGGGAUGAAAUUAAGUGAAUAUGGGUAGCAUCAUCAGCUCAAACACUAAAAAUAAUAGUGAAUAUACUACAGAUGGAAAUGUAAAUUCUACACCUGGCGAAAGAGAUUUUGGAUAUAUAGAGUUCGAUGGAAGUGAUGGCAAAACUUGCCCCACUUGUCAAGGCACGGGGCGAAUUUCUAGACGUCAAGAAGAUGAACUUGUGGCCCUGAUUCCAUAUCAUGACAAAAGACUAAAACCUCGCAGAACCACAAUGUAUGUUAUGUUGGCCAUCAUUGUGUGCUUGAUAAUAUGUGGACUUAUACUGUUCUUCAUUCUACCAAGAUCUGUCAAAAUAACAGAAGGAAAAAUUGCGAACUACUCGGUGAAUAUAAACACCAAUUUGUCAUCCACGGUUAUUAUAGCUACCAACCAGUAUAACAUUACAAACACCAACUAUUUUCACGUACAAAUUACAAAAAUUUCAGUUGAAGCAUUUUUUGAUCAAGUGCAAGUUGGCACUGGGAAGUUGAAGCACGGCCCUGUGGUUGUACCCCCAUUAACAAACAACUUUCCUGUCAAUAUAACUGUUCAAAUGACAUUUGAUAAAACUAAUCAGUUAGACUUUAUGAGUAGUUUGUGUACUAAUGAUAAGCGACGAGUGCAUGAUAUUGUGAUUAAAUUUCAAGCAACACAAACGUCAAAGUACCUUUCCCAUACUGAACAGGAUACAAUAUCCUCAUAUAAGUACAUAGAUUGCAGUCCUACUCCCCCACCACCUAAAGCAAAGAAUAAGAAGUCUUAAUUGUCCAAUUCAUAAUAAUAUUGGUACAUCAUUAUUUUCUCAUGAAUUUCACUUUUCAUUGUGACUCCUCUUGAUUUAGGUAUUCUGAUGUCUCGCAUUGAUGUCAUUCUUCUUAUAUUAUUUUUUUAUCAAAUUUGUGAUAGGAAGUUAGUAAAAUGAUAUACUUUGUAUGCUUCAAACAUUUACACCUACAUUAGAUUAAGAGGAUGUAUUAACGGUGUAAUAGGAUUCUGAAUAUCUGACAAGACUGGUGCAAUAAUAUAUUUGUAGGCAUGGUGGUUAUGUAUUUCAUAUUAUUGAUCGUUUUCAAGAUUUCAAACCAUUUCAACUUAAUUUCACCAAAUAGCUCAAAACAACUUCUGAUAGUGUAACUUUAAUAGAUAUUUAAGUAGCCAUUUAUUUGAUAGAUCUUGGCCCUGUAUUUUUUAUUACAAGAGUAAAAAAUGAAAACAUUAGUAUGAAUAGUUAAUGUAAUAUUAAUUUUGAAGCAAUGUUCAAUAUGGCGGCAAACAAAAGCAGGAAGUUAUCUGCAUUACUUCAUAGAGCCUUUAUAUUGAUCAAGUGUUUGGAUCUCUAUUCUGAUAUCAUGAACAAUAUGUUACACAUGUAUUGAAUAUCAUGUAGAAAUCUGCAUGCAAUGGUUAAUUCUGUAUUCACAGGUGUAUCGAUCUCUCUUUUUUUUCCUCAAAAAGUUACCAGAUAUGCUUAAUAUUUUUUUUAUUUUGUUUUCAUUAGCGUGUAAUUUAUGUCUCAUUCUUACUGCCAAGGCGUUAGGGAUCACUGCUUUGCUUGGAAGCAUAAUUUUGUGUAGUCAAAUCAAAUUGUCAGUAGUAAAACAUUAGACAUAUUAUAUACUACAUUUAGCUGCCUCAUCAAUGCUUCGCUGCUGGGUAUGUGGUAUCAUAACACUGCAGUAAAAAUAUAUCAAAUUCAAAUAUCCAAGUCAAAAAAAUUAUGCAGUAUUCGGCCUAUGGUUCAAAUUUUAUAUAUUAAUAACAGGAAAUAAUUUAUUUAGAAUGUGUCUUUAUAAAUUGUAAUUUAUGGAACAUCGGUCUUAUAGGUCUAUUUAAUCUAUUUUUAUAGUCAUUUUUGGGAUGUGUCAAAUAAUUCACCCAAUAGUACUUUACAGACUAUUCCAAUUUAAUAAAUGACUGUAGUUUGAAUGCCAUUUUGCUGUAGCGAAUUUUAAUAUCUUCUGAUAGUCAUUGUAAAAGCAUUUUUAUUCUGAUAGUCAUUGUAAAAGCAUUUUUAUUGUAUUUAUUAUUCUUGAUUGGCCCAUAUCUUUGUUACAGCAAUCAGUACUUAUUACUUAAUAUUAGUACAUUAAUUGCGAUUACCUGGUAUUUUCCAAGAUCAAUUUGUACUCAAAUAUCUUGAUUGGUAAAUACUACUAAUUGGCAUUUCUGCAUAAUCGGUGCUGUGAUAUUUGAUCAUAAGUAACAUUCUGAUGUACCAUCUCAUUAUCUUUUUUUUUGUAUUUUUGCUUGAUAAGAUGUGCAUUUUUUGGACGUGAAGGACAGAUAAUCAGUUAACACUGUGAUAUAAGUAAUGAUACACUAUGUUGGGGGAAGUCGAUUUGUAAAUAAGUUGUCCAGCUAUUCAUUGUCCAGAGAGAGGUAUAUACUAUUUCAGCUUAUCUCCAGAAAAAGAUUUAUGCACAUUGUCAUUACAUUUACGUCAACUUGAUUAUUGUUAGUUCUAAAUUUGUCAAACAUUCGUGUGGAUAUUUUUAUUAGCUUGCCUUGAACGUACAUGAGAGAGUUUAUUUAUUUUUUAUGUUACGGAAAUGUCAUUGUUGAAUAACAACCAUACUUUGAAAAAUA